CUGUGGGAAGAUCUCUAAAAUUAGAGUGUGUGCCGUUGCCAUGAAGGUACCAUUACUUUUUAUUUGCUUACCUUCGCUUCAGAUACAUGUAAACCUCCUCAGCGAGCUAGAUAAUGGAGAAUAUUUUGAUCGAAAAAGUCCAAACAUUGGAGAUACUGCGCUUCAUGAAUCAGUAAGAAGAGGAUACAUUGUUGUAACGCAAAGGCUUUUAGAUAUCGGUGCUGAUGCCAACUUAGAAAACGAUUUCGGGAAUACACCGGUACACGUUGCGGUGUCGUCCAAUCAAGUUCCCGGACUGAGGAUGUUAAUUCGUUAUGGUGCAGAUAUUAAUGUGGAAAACAAAGAUCAAUAUACGCCUCUUAUGGUAGCUCUACGUGUGGAUAACAGGGAAAUAGCUCAAAUUCUACUCGAAAAUAACGCUACGAUACAUUCUAAGGAGUGCAACACCCUACUAGAUUUAGCAACAACGAAUGACGACGUCGAUUUGUUGAACUCAACUUUUGCAAGAUGUGAGCCUACAAAAGCCACAAUGGAUUCAUUACUGGAAACGGCAGGUUUUGUCGCAGCGAAUACUGUUUUCGAAUAUCUUCUGAACAAAGGAGCGGACUAUACGAUAAAAACAAGAAAUGGAAACACUUUGCUAUAUCUAGCAGUACAAAGUGGUAAUCCAGAUGCUGCAGAGCUGAUCCUGGAUGCUGCAUUGUCUUCCGCAAGGCAUUCCAAAGGAGAAACUGACCCCACUGGAGGUUCGCGCUAGUUCCUUGAUUCCUUUGAUUUUAUGUAAUUAAAUUUUUACUGAUGAUUG